GGACGCCCGCCGCACGGUGGAACAGUGCCUCGAAGAGGAGAAGCUACGGCAGGAUGAGAUCCGGCAAGCUGAGGAGAAACUCGCAGCUGUGGAGGAGGUCUUGCGAGCAGCACUGACCUCUGAACAGGACCGGACACGAGCUCUGGAAGCCAUUGCGCAUAGUGUGGAUGAGAACCAGCGGAGGUCGGAGGCCCAUCCGGAGGAAGCAGGGCAUGAGGAAGCAGCUCGCGGUCCAGGUCCUGAACUUCGGAUUAAGAACACCUUCUACGAGUUCUGCAUUCCGAAAGAUGUGGAGCCACUGGUGCGGACGAAAACAGCACCCAGCGCUGUCAACAAGAUGGGUGGUGCUGAUGCGCAGUCCCCGACAGAUGGCAACAACAAACAGGAGGGCACCAGCACUUCAUCCUCGGCCAAGGCCUCGCCUUUGCUGACCCUGAUGCCAGCACCCUCCCCACCGGCCCCAUGGGCCUUGAAGCGCGACACGUCACACAUUCUUCGAUCCAUCCUGGAAGACAAGAUGGAAGCUGAGUCUGAGAAAGAUGCUUCUGAAGCCAAAGGGCGCAGUUCUUCACGACACAACAACAAGGCCCGAGCGGAGGGUCCGAGAGCCGUGGAACAGGUGCCCACGACCCCAGAUCGCAAAGCAGAGCGCAAAGAACAGCCAGGACUCUUCGGCGUUCCAGGUGAUUUAUCGAUACCUGCAGAUCAUAUCACCAGCUGGGCAGAUGAGAGCGAAAGCCUUGAGCCCGGUGAUGUGGAACCGUGGUCGGCGCCGUCUUCUCCAUCAGGCAGACGCGAAGUGAGGAUCAGGAAUCUGCCUUUGCAACCUGCAGAGGAAUUGAAGGAGUCCAUCAAGGAUGAGCUUGCAAGGCUGUGGCGAGUGGUGCUGAAUCGUACACCGCCAGUGGUGGAGUUUGUGACCAUUGCUGAUCAUCAGGAUGAGUCAGUGGCCAGCUCCACUGCUCGCGCUGCGGGCACGGAGGCGUCCAUCCAGUUCCUGCGUUCACCGGAUGCCCAUUGGCUGGUUGAUCAAAGAAAGCCGGCGAAUUGGACAAGUGCUGAAACUAUGUCCAUACGAGGCAGAGUACUUCAUGCGGAGUGGCCACCUCUACCACCUCCAGUAGAUUGGCGCAGACUCCGAUACAAGGCUGACACGGACGCUUCUUCGCAGAUGUCCUAUGACACUGUUGGCACAAAGCGCUCUUGCAGCCAUGCAAUUCAAGCAAGGAAUCCUGGAGCCGAGCCCAGUGGACGUGGUGUUCACCCACCGCAGAACAGGACUGUGAUACUGACAGGUAUCGCCCCAAAUCUUCCAGUGCACAUGGUGCGAAGUGAGGUUUUAGAUUUGCUUCGCCGCUUGUGGCAACGAGAUGGCCUAAAGUUUGACCCCGACACGCAGCUUCACCGUGGUGCUGAGGGUGGCCUGGGCGUGCGGCACGGGCGCCGGGGCAUGGAAAACGACGGGAGCUGUAUGGUGAGGCUGAGAAACUAUGCAGAUGCCAAAUGGUUGGUGGAACAGGCCCGCGGCCUGAGCAUUGAAGGGAAGCCCGUGCGGGCCAUGUGGGCUCGACCCAAAGAUGGUGCACGCUGAGGAACUCCAGAGAUUGGCUGCGCUGAACGCAGAAGGCAUGGAAGGAUGCUAUAGUGUGGACCUUCGUGAAGGCUUCGUGAAAAUGUCCGGGAGCUCUUGAAAUGCAGGUGUGAAGAAGACCC